AAACAUUUCAUAUAGUUGUUCAUAGUUAUAAUUGUGGCUCUACUAGGGAUCCAGCUCUGAAGACACCAUGAGCCAGAACGCUAAGCACUGCCAUUUUUCCGCUGGAUCUCAUGUGGGAAGCCACCAUACUGGUGGCUAUCAUUCAGGUCAACUGACUUCCCACCAUGGAGGGUCACACAAGUCAAAUCAUGGAGGAUCUAGCAUGUCCCACCAUGGAGGAUCUCAUAAAUCACAUUAUGGAGGUCACAACAAUUCCCACCAUGGAGGCUCGCACAUGUCAAGUCAUGGAGGUCACCAUAUGUCCCAUCAUGAAGGCUCCCACAUAUCACAUCAUGGAGGCUCACACAAGUCACACCAUGGAGGUCACCACAUGUCACAUCAAGGAGGUCACCACAUGUCUCACCAUUAAGGUUCCCACAUGUCAAGUCAUGGAGGUCACCAUAUGUCCCACCAUGGAGGCUCCCACAUGUCACAUAAUGGAGGCAACCUAAUGACCCACCAUGGAGGCUCUCACAUGUCACAUCAUGGAAGCCAUCACAAAUCACAUCAUGGAGGUUCCCAAAUGUCCCACCAUGGAGGCUCCCACAUGUCAAGUCAUGGAGGUCACCAUAUGUCCCAUCAUGGAGGCUCUCGAAUGUCACAUCAUGGAAGCCAUCACAAAUCACAUCAUGGAGGUUCCCAAAUGUCCCACCAUGGAGGUUCCCACAUGUCAAGUCAUGGAGGUCACCAUAUGUCCCACCAUGGAGGCUCCCACAUGUCAAGUCAUGGAGGUCCUCAUAUGUCCCACCAUGGAGGCCACCACAUGUCCCAUAAUGGAGGCAACCAUAUGUCCCAUCAUGGAGGUCACCAUGAAAGCCACCACAAAAAAGAAGUGUCUUUCUCAAAACAUGUUAGCCAUGGUCAUGAGGGUCAUCAUAGCACCCCUGGAGGUCAUGGUGGCUGGAGUGAUAGCCUAUUUGGUGUUAACGAGAAAGAAACCAUGCAGCUUUUGAAUGAACGCUUGUCAUCCUACCUCAACAAGGUUCGCUCUCUUGAAAUAGAAAAUACCCAGCUGGAGAGCAAGAUUUGUGAAUGGUAUGCAAACCACCAACCAAAAACACCUCCUGAUGGCACUCAUUACUUCAGACUCAUCGAUGAGCUCCAGAACCAGAUUGCUGAACUUGCUAUAGAAAAUGCAGGAAUUCUUCUUGAGACUGAUAAUGCCAGGCUGGCUGCUGACGAUUACAACAGCAAAUCCAGAUUGGAAGAUGCUCUGGCCAGUAAUGUGGAGAUGGAUGUCAACAAUCUGGGAAGAGCGCUGGAGGGACUUAGUGGGGAAGCAUCAGAACUGGGGAUGCAGGUCGAAAGCCUCCAAGAAGAAAUGGACAGUCUGAGAAAUAACAGUGAGACGGAAAUAGAAUCCCUCCUCUCUCAACUGGGUGCCAGAAUCAACAUUGAACUGGAUGCUGCUCCAUCCAUCGAUCUAAAUGAAGCCUUGUCUGAGAUUCGAGAGGAAUAUGAAAAUCUCAUGGAAAUAAACCUUAAAGAAAGCGAAAGUUUGUUCCUUGAAAGGAGUCAGGAGUUAACUCAGGAAGUGGAGUCUGGUUCAGAAGAGCUGCAGUCUAUUGAAACUGAACUAAUUGAGAUGAAGCGCUGUAUGCAGGCCCUGGAAAUUGAGUUACAAAGUGAACUGAGCUUGAAAUCAGCUCUGGAGGGCACUUUGGCUGAGACGGAGGCUACUUUUGGCUCCAAACUUGCUGAAUUGCAGUGCCUGAUCAAUGGUUUGGAGUCUGAUCUGGCACAGAUUCGGUCAGACCUAGAACGUCAGAACCAGGAGUAUACAACUCUCAUGGACCAGAAGACCCAUUUGGAGAUGGAGAUAGCCACCUACAAACGCUUGUUGGAUGGACAUGACAUUGAUGUUUCUGAACAUCACAUGUCCCACGGUCAACAUGGAUAUCAUCACAGCAUGAUGCAUCAUCACUCAGGACACCAUCAUGUGGGCCAUCACAUGUCAGGCCACCGACACGGAGGACACCACUCGUUUGGGCGCCAUCAUGGUGACCACCAAUUUUCUGGUCACUUUAAAGGAGGGCAUCACUUCUCCCACAAGACUGGAAAGCAUCACUCUUCUACUCACCAGAGUGGAGGACAUCACUCCUCUGGUCUCCAGAGUGGAGGACAUCACUCCUCUGAUCACCAGAGUGGAGGACAUCACUCCUCUGGUCACCAGAGUGGAGGACAUCACUCCUCUGGUUACCAAAGUGGAGGACAUCACUCUUCUGGUCACGAAAGUGCAAGAAAUCACUCCUCUGGUCACCAGAGUGAGGAACACCACUCCUCUGGUCACCAGAGUGAAGGAAAUCAAUUGUCGGGACACAGUGGUGACGGGCAUCACUCUUCUGACCACCACAAUUAGGGUGACCAGUUUUAAAGAUUUAAGCAAUAGUUUCUAUCAUUGCAUCGAUGUUAUUUCUUUAGAUGCUUUUCAAAUAUUUUAUAUAAAUAUAUAUAUAUAUAUAUAUAUAUAUCUAUAAAUAUAUUCUCCUUGUCCCCUUUAUGUAGCAGAAGAUGGAAAUUGUAUGUGAUAAACAGACAAGUGGUCUAAGGGCAACACAUAUGUUUAGUGUCAAAGUUAACACGCAGUUAGAGAAAUGUAGAAGAAUCUUGAUAAUACCUUGAGACAAAAACUUUGAGCGUCUCUAUAGGUAUCAGAUUUUAAAAGUUUUGUGGGUUAUAUACUGUAUGUAUGUGCAGGGCCUAAUAACUACUCUAUUGAAAACAGAGGCAUUUUUGCCUGUAAUGGCAAAUUUCAUUUGUUUCUCUUUGCUUCCUGGAGGUUGACAGCAGAGCAGGUCUAUGUCCUAAAUUUUGCUGAAGAAAAAGAGUUUCAUAGCUAGAGGCCCCAUACUCUGGCUGCCCAAUGAUAGUAAGCUGGGAAUUUAGGAACAUUAUCAGUGCACCUGUAGCAUUAGAUGCCCUGCCUGAGACUCCCAUUUGCACACUGAGCAUAGGAAUGUCAUGGCUGCUACUUUAUCCAGUGAGGGGAAUGGUGCGACUGAGUCCUCUUUUUCGGGUGUCACUGCAUGCAGUGUCCUCAUAAACUGCUAUGACUGUUAUGUUGCUAUCUAAAGCCCCCACUAAUAUAUUUUUUAAACUGUUCAAGCAAAGCUGAUCAUGACUAUGACAGCAAUGCCGGACACUAUGUGGGUUUUAUGUAACCCACCUACAGUAUAUGGUGAAUAUACAGUCUACAUAUUGUUUCAGAGAUGCUAACUUGUUUCUGAUUAAAAUGUUUAGUGAUAGUCUAAGAGUUUAUGUACAACAUGUCCAAAUGGUGCUGAAAGGUUGUGUGGACCUCUUGGUCCAAUAGACCCUGCAUGCAGUGCCAAUGACAUUAAAUUAAACUCAAAGCAGUGGGGCAUGGCACAUUCCAUGUGCCUUUGUACAAUACCUUAGAUAAGGGAUUGCAUGGUACUCAAAAGGUUUGUAGGAUAGCAUUCAAUAGGAGCUUGUAUGUGCACUUUCGAAAAGACAGGUAGUGAUCAUUUUUUUAAAGCCCCUAAGCAAUUAGCACUCAGAAGUGGCUACAGGGUACAGGUAGAACGACUGAGUCGUAAAGAAGGUUUAGCAUGCCAUUUUGGGGUACUUAGAUUAUUCUAAGUGUGUUGAGAGGCAAACAUUCUGGAAUACCAGAACAAAAGCACUAACACUUGAGACAUGAAUAAUGACUUUAGCUACUCUGCCGUAAUGAGGUCCCUUAGGGAAAAAAUUUCAAGGAAGUCUGAUUGUCUAUAUGUUCAAUCCUCACCUUGUCUUCACAAUGCUGUGAUAGGAGUCCUUAUGACUUGGCACAGCUGAAUACUAAUCCUGCCAUGCAUAAAAUGCUGAGCAUUAUAUAAUAUUUGUGUUUACCCCUUUUAGUAUGACCAUUGUGAUUUCUAUGUGGCCAGUGGGAUACUGCCAGACAUGGAGCUCUAUGGCACUUAUGUGACAUAAUAUUGGAUACUGGACGGUUAUGUCAAUGUUCUUAUAUUUUUUAUUGUGUAUUAUUAUUUCUUUAAUAAAUUCUACUUUUUCUGUCUCAUGCAA